UGCAGCGAACGAAUGCUACUUCGGGCACAGGUAGUCCAGGCUUUCAAUGGUUUUAGAAAGUCUAUUACAGAAUCUGUAUUAGCCGAGCGAGCUUGAUGUUAAUAUUGUUGAAAUAAGUAUUCUGACUUCAAAAUGAAACGGUUAGUGUGACGCGGUUCCGAUGGGAAAAGGUUUUAGAAACCGAAAAACUAUUUGAACGACUGAUAGUCUCUCCCCAGCCUUUUCUCAAAACUUUCUUACAACGGGAUCCCAAUCGUAACGGCGAAAACAAAAAACAGCAAAUAUGGCUCUUCAAAGUUUAUCGUUUACACGCGCACCGGAUCUCAUUGUUCAUCUCAGAGGAGAUAUUCCAAGAUCUGCUCCGGAAUUCGCAUGACUUACCAUUGCCUGACUCACAAUGUAUGGGCUUAUUGGCAAACUUAUGCAGAUGCAAAGAAGCAAUAAAAGUCUUAUAGAUGCAAACCUAUAUGUCGACACUUGGCCACAACCAGAAAUUGUGUUGCUGGAAAACUUGACCUACAGGAGAAAGAAUGAAGUCAAGCAGGACCCAGUAUUGGUAUAUAACAGGGGAAGCAAGGAGAAGUUGAAAGAUAUUAUUAAGUCAGACCAAGUCCUUGUGUCCCUCACAACCCUUGGGGAAUCUGAGUUCCAGGAUAAUGAUUGGAAUUGUUCAGAACUUGUAAGGACAAUUGCUCAGGAGUAUGGGAUAAAUGUUGAAGUUCAAGCAUGUCCAGAAAUCUAUUGGUUACGAGAUAGAGAACACCUGAUUGAAAGUGAAUGUCCUGGGGGUUACCGUCUAGCCAAACUGGAACUACAUCAUGCAGACCGCAUUAACAAUACCUGGAAGUUCUCAUCACCACAUACACUUGAACGGCUUAAGCGAUGGAUCCAACACUCUGACAAUGUUGGUGUGUUUUGUUGUGAUACUGAUGAGCUUGUUGGCUGGGGACUUGUAGCUGAAGCUGGAUGUAUCUCAGCACUGCACACUAUAACUGAACACAGGAAAAAAGGAAUUGCAAAAGCAGUCAUCACGAGACUGACAAAUCUGUUGCUUAAGGCAAACAUGGUACCUUACACUUAUAUUGAAGAAAACAAUCACAUUUCGCAGAAUUUGUUCCAGCAAAUGGGAUUUUCGAAUUCUGAAAUUCGGGUUGCAUUUUUUGUACUUGGGAAAAAGGAAUAGGAAGGGGGGGGGGGGGGGGGGGCUUGCGCCAGGAUAAAAACUAAAUACCGUUUUUUUACUUAGAUCGGUGGAUCGGUAGAUAGCCUACUUAGAUCGGUAUAUAGCCUGCGUAACAAGCGUUCUUGUGUGUUUCGAGCGCAAAGUAACCAAGCGUUCUUGUGUGUUUCGAGCGCAAAGAAACCAAGCGUUCUUGUGUGUUUCGAGCGCAAAGAAACCAAGCGUUCUUGUGUGUUUCGAGCGCAAAGAAACCAAGCGUUCUUGUGUGUUUCGAGCGCAAAGAAACCAAGCGUUCUUGUGUGUUUCGAGCGCAAAGAAACCAAGCGUUCUUGUGUGUUUCGAGCGCAAAGAAACCAAGCGUUCUUGUGUGUUUCGAGCGCAAAGUAACCAAGCGUUCUUGUGUGUUUCGAGCGCAAAGAAACCAAGCGUUCUUGUGUGUUCCGAGCGCAAAGAAACCAAGCGUUCUUGUGUGUUUCGAGCGCAAAGAAACCAAGCGUUCUUGUGUGUUUCGAGCGCAAAGUAACCCAGAAACCGGCGAAAAGUUCGAUCAGCGAGAUAAAUGAAGCAUAUCGUACUUCUCGCCGGUUUUCUCUGUAUCUCUGGGUUCCCUUUCGCUGGAAACACACGGGAACGCUUGCUACGCAGGCUAAUCGGUAGAGGAAGGUGUUGUGCCAUUGGUUUUGCCCCUGUGAUAAUAUGUAAAUAUAGUGUUAAUUUCACGCGUAUUUUUGCGUUUGUUUUUUCCGCACAAUGUUUUCGGGGCAUUUUUAACAUUCGCACGAAAAGGAAAAAUCUCAUCGGAAGUACUCAUUGGUAGGGGGUAAAGGGUUUAAAUGUAUUUGGUUUAAAGAAAGUUUCAUCCUAUGUGUCUUGUGUUGAAUCAAGAACUCGUGAUGUUGUUUUAUUUUAAUACUAUCUUACUCGUGGACAGUUUUAAUUAUUGUACAAAGAAUAAAUAAAGGGCGAUAAAUUUCAAUAACAA